UAUUUGCUUUCAUUUUUUGCAUUGUAUAUAUAAUAUUUUUUUACUGAAUAAUAUAGACUCAUUUUGUACUAUUAUACUUUUAACUUUUCCUACCAACAACAAUUGAGCAUGCUCAAAUAGAUUAUUACAUACUUAUUGUGGUUACUGUUUAGCCAUUAAGCCAAUGAAUUAUGAGAUAAUUGAUCAAUGUGUUCCUGGUCCUGGUGUCCAGUUGAAACUUGACCAUGUCCUUUAUGAAUCAUGUGACUGUCAUGUGACCUGUCAAAAGGAGGAGUGUCCCUGUAUAAAGAAAUGCUUGUAUGAUGAAUAUGGAAGACUUUCUCAGGAACUUAUGUCAGAGACAACGUGUCCAAUAUUUGAAUGCAAUUCAAAGUGUACAUGUACCUUAGGCUGUAUCAAUAGAGUGACACAAAGAAAAGGAACUGUGUUUGAUAAAGUAAUGGUAAAGGAGACUAGUAAUAAAGGAGAUGGGUUGUUUGCUAAGGAGGACAUUCCUAUAGGAACAUUCAUUGGGGAGUAUGUUGGUGAGAUUAUUAGGGUCUCAACAGCCAAGGAAAGAUUGCAGAGCUUGUCUCCUCAAGACUCUUGUUACAUAGUACAAUUUAAGGAGAAUAGUGAGGGCUCUGAUGUGAUCAUGACAACUUGCAUUGAUGCUCGUUUUUAUGGCAACUACACUCGCUUCAUAAAUCACUCUUGCUCUCCUAAUUUGGUGAUGGUAGCCGUUCGUCGUGACUCCAUUGUCCCUAGUCUUUGUUUCUUUACAUGUGCAGCUGUUGGAGCUGAGGAGGAGCUGUGCUUUAGCUAUUGCGAGGGAAGUGAGACUGAUGAGGUCUCAUUGGGUCAGAAACCUUGCUUCUGUGGAUCAACAAACUGCAGAAAAUAUUUACCACUGCAAAGUAGUUAAUUAUUGAUUAUUAAAAUUAAUGUUAAUCUUA